UGGCUCCUCUCCCAGCCGUUCUAAUUCGUCAGCACAGGAAGAAGACUACUGUGGAUGUGUUUGAACGUUGUCACUCGGGAAAGUUAACUUGUUGCAGUAAUGGACACGAAUAUGGGGAAACCACACGACUACCGUGUUGUAUAGAAACAACUUGUGGUAGUAGGAAGAACCGUCUUUGUUCACCGAGUUGUAAGAUAUCUAACGUUAGCCACUACAUAGAUAGGGAGGCACUCAACAUUUGCAAGGAUUACGGGCAACCCUCUUUCUUUGGGACGACAACUGUGCAACAUUAACUAACUAAAAGAAGUGGGAUAGUUGUCUUUGCAACAAGAAAGAGUCGUCAAGAGUGGCUCCUAUACGUUUUCCUUCCGCUGUUUGGGGGUACUUUAAAUUUCCCUCCUUUUUCCAUCACAGGCGGGGGUUCGGGUUAUUGGCUAGCGGCUAGCUAGCCACUCGCUAAUAGUAACUAGUCCAAAAGCAGUAACUUUAGGCGAGUAUAGACAGGCAGCAGGGUCUACUCAGAUCUUUUUUUUCUUCGGAAAGGACAACUUUUCAUAACUUGGUAGCGAGGCGUCAGUUUGUUUUUGUGUAAAAAUACGGUUAUCACCGGGUGUGUUCGUGAGUUUAUUUUUGUUCUCCCUUUUGAGGAAAUUGUCUAAAUCACAAUGGAUCCUAAUGCGGGGAAUUCUGCCUCUGCUGCUGCUCCCAAAAGCAAGAAGGACAAAAAAGAAAAGAGAAAUUAUGAAGAUGGAGACGGGAAAAAGAAAUUUAAUAUCAAACGGCUGUUUCCUGAUGAGUUGGAGCGUUUCACCAGCAUGAGGAUGAAGAAAGACAAGGAGAAGCCUCAUGCGCCUGCACAGCGCCACUCCAGCGCUGCCCACUACGAGGUGCCUGCCCAGGAGACCAUGCUGCACGACCACGCUGACGAAUACGUUCUGGAACUCUUCGAACAGAUGCUGGUGGAUAUGAACCUGAAUGACGAGAAGCAGCGGCCUCUGCGGGCGAAAGACAUCUCCAUCAAACGAGAGAUGGUUUCCCAGUACCUCCACACAUCGAAAGCUGGUCAGAGCCAGAAGGAGUGUUCCAGGUCAGCCAUGAUGUACAUCCAGGAGCUGAGGAUGGAGCCCAGAGACACACAGCUCCUGGGCUGUCUGGAGUCUCUCCGUGUCUCCCUCAACAACAACCCUGUCAGCUGGGUGCAGAACUUUGGAGACGAGGGCCUGGCUCUGCUGCUCAACAUCAUGAGGAAGAUCCAGGAGGAGAAGGAUGAGUACCCGAAUAUGGGUGUGAAGUGUCAACACGAGAUUGUGCGCUGUCUCAAAGCCUUCAUGAACAACAAGUAUGGUCUGAAGGCCAUGUUGACGUCUGCCGAGGGCAUCCCUCUUCUGGUCCGAGCCAUCAACCCCCGGGUCCCUCACAUGAUGGUGGAUGUGGUCAAACUGCUCUCGGCCAUCUGCAUCCUGGAACACCCUGACAACCUUCAUGAGCGUGUUCUGGAGGCCAUCACUGAGGAGGCAGAGAAGCAGGACAUUGAGAGGUUUCAGCCACUCCUCUCUGGUAUGAACAAGCCCAACAUCGGCCUGAAGAAUGGCUGUAUGCAGCUCAUCAACGCUCUCAUCAGUCGAGGAGAAGAGCUGGACUACAGGAUCCACAUCCGCUCAGAACUGCUGAGACUGGGCCUACGAGACCUGCUGACGGAGAUUCGGACCAUAGAGAAUGAGGAGCUGAGGGUGCAGCUCAGUGUUUUUGACGACCAGGCUGAGGAUGAUUCUGAAGAACUCCAGGCCCGCCUCAAUGACGUGCGCGUUGAGAUGGAUGACGUGAUGGAGGUGUUCCAGAUCGUGAUGAACACAGUCAAAGACUCCAAGGCUGAAACACACUUACUGUCUCUGAUGCAGCACUUGCUGCUGAUCCGCAACGACUACAUGGUCAGGCCCCAGUACUACAAGCUGAUAGAUGAGUGUAUUGCUCAGAUCGUGUUGCACAGGAACGGAGCUGACCCUGACUUCAAGUGCCGCAAUCUCAGCCUAGACGUUGAGGGGUUAAUUGACAACAUGGUGGACAAGACCAAGGUGGAGUCCAGUCAGGCCAAGGCCAUAGAGUUGGAGAAGAAGCUGGAUGCAGAGCUGACAGCACGCCAUGAGCUGCAGGUAGAGCUGAAGAAAAUGGAAGGAGACUAUGAGCACAGAGUCCAUGAGCUGGCUGCUGAAAAGGAGACUCUGGGAUCUGAGAAGCAGGAGAGGGAGACAGAGAACCAGAGCCUAAUGGAGCAGCUCAACACGCUCAAUGAAGAGAUAGAGAAGCUCAAUAAGGAUCUGAAGGAUUCCAAGGCUAGAGUGGUCAUCGUCCAUGUCCCAAGUGGUCCUGCUCCUCCUCUACCAGGCCAAGCAGGCCUCCCUCCUCCCCUCCCGGGACAAACUGGCAUGCCCCCUCCCCCUCCACCCCUACCCGGCCAAGCAGGCCUCCCUCCUCCCCUCCUGGGUGUGCCCAGUCCCCCUCUUCUCCCUGGGAUGGCCGGUCUGCCCCCGCCGCCCCCUCCUCUCCCUGGGAUGGCCGGUAUGCCCCCGCCGCCCCCUCCUCUCCCUGGGAUGGCCGGUAUGCCCCCGCCGCCCCCUCUCCCUGGGAUGGCCGGUAUGCCCCCGCCGCCCCUCCUCUCCCUGGGAUGGCCGGUAUGCCCCCGCCGCCCCCUCCUCUCCCUGGGAUGGCCGGUAUGCCCCCGCCGCCCCCUCCUCUCCCUGGGAUGGCCGGUAUGCCCCCGCCGCCCCCUCCUCCCCUGGGAUGGCCGGUAUGCCCCCGCCGCCCCCUCCUCCACCAGGGAUGGCCGGUAUGCCCCCGCCACCACCUGGAAUGGGGGGCUGGGGCGUCUCUGUGCCACCCCCUCUGCCCUUCGGCCUGGCACCCAAGAAGGAGUACAAGCCUGAGGUGCAGCUGAAGAGAGCCAACUGGAGCAAGAUUGGAUAUGAGGAUCUGUCUGAAAACAGUUUCUGGACUAAGACCAAAGAGGAUCGCUAUGAGAACAAUGAGCUCUUCGCCAAACUC